AUGCACGUCGCAGAAGAGGAUGUGGCCGAGGCUGUUGGUCCGCACUAUUCCGUCGAAAAACUCAUCGCCCGCGGCGCAUUCGGGGAGGUCUGGCUGGCCAGAGACACGAGAAUAGGGAUCAGGGUGGCAGUAAAGCGCCUGUACCAUCGCCAGCCCUCCCGCGACAUCAUCCAGCCGGACCCCGACCGCGAAAUCGCCACCAUGCGCGCGGCGAGGCAUCGGUCGGUCGUCAACAUCAUCGGCGAGCGCCCCGGCAGAUAUGCGCGGCACAUCGUGAUGGAGUUCUGCCCAGCGAGCCUGGCCUACAUCCUCGCACGGUGCCGCGGUGCACCUGCAGCCCGCAGCGGCGCCCUGCACCCCGGCUCGCCCCGGCAGCAGUCGGGCGACAGGGCCCUUUCGCUGCCCGCGCUCAAGCACGUGGCCUGGGGGGUCCUGCGCGCCGUCGCCGCGUGCCACGCCGCCGGCGUCCUUCACCGAGACGUCAAGCCCGCCAACCUGCUCGUUUCGGCUCGCGGAGAGAUCAAGCUGGGCGACUUCGGGCUGGCCCGAAUGGCUGCCGGCACGCCGCCGGCCGGGGCCGCGCGGCCCGCGUACACGGCCGGAAUGGCGUCGCGGUGGUACCGCGCUCCCGAGCUGCUGUACGGCGCGCACCAGUACGGCCCCGCAGUCGACGUGUGGGCCGCGGGGUGCGUGAUAGGGGAGCUGUUUCGAAACGCCCCCCUCUUCCCCGGUGGCGGCGACAUCGAGCAGCUGUGCAUCGUGCUAUCAAAAAUGGGAUCCGUGGACCUCGCGGAGUGGCCUGAAGCCGCCGACCUCCCGGACUUUGGCCGCGUCGUGGUGCCCGACACGAACGCCGACACCGACAGUCCUCCGGGGGAGGGUCCCGCCGGCGACGGCGGGCAGCGAGCGACCGUGGGACGCCUGCGACGGCUGAUCCCGCGGGCGCCCGAGGGCCUCGUGGAGCUGCUGGCGGCGCUGCUGCGCGUGACACCGUCAAAGCGCGUCUCAGCAGAGCAGGCCAUGCUGGACGGGUUCUUCUUCUCGUGGCCGCCCCCGUGCACGGGCGACGAGUUCGUGGCCGAGCUGGAGGCCGCGGGGAUCAUCGAGCGAGGCGCCUGGGGGCAGGAGCACCACGCAUUGCCUGACUAA